AUACACGCCAAUUUAGAUAAUUCAACUAAGUGUAUCCACCACUUUGUUUACAUUAGUUGAAUAUAACCCGCAAAAUAAAAGUGCGACCAGACAAGCAACAUGCAAAGGAGCAACCCUGAACUUAUAAUUGUAAUUUGUUUUAGCAGCCCUGAAUUUUGCUAUUAUCUACGAAAUUGUAACUUUUUAUGCCAGCACACAAUAAAUAAAUAGAUUUGCAAUGGACUCCAAGCUAGAUAUGUUUGAAGACAUUAACACGUCGCCGACAGCUUCGUUGGAAGGUGACAUGUCCAUACCGGGCAAGCGCACAACAAGAGGAACAACACAGAAUGGUGUGCCUGACUACAAUACGCUAGAUGAGCCCAUAAGGGAGACAGUUCUUAGGGAUAUGCGCGCAGUGGGCAUUAAAUUCUAUCACGUGUUGUAUCCCAAGGAAAAGUCAAGUCUGCUGCGCGAUUGGGAUCUCUGGGGUCCGCUGGUGCUGUGCACCUUUAUGGCCACCAUACUACAAGGAUCAUCAUCGGCGGACAGCAUGGCUGACAAUGGACCUGAAUUUGCGCAGGUUUUUGUUAUAGUCUGGAUCGGUGCAGCCAUUGUGACGCUUAACUCCAAGCUGCUGGGCGGCAAUAUUUCCUUUUUCCAAUCGGUGUGCGUGCUGGGCUAUUGUCUAACACCCGUGGCGCUGUCUUUGAUUGUCUGUCGCAUCAUCUUAUUGUCCACGCAGACACGUUUUCUAUUCUUCUUGCGCUUUGUGACCACUACAUUGGGCUUUACCUGGGCCACAUAUGCUUCCUUUAUAUUUUUGGGCCAAAGUCAGCCGCCACAUCGCAAGCCGCUUGCCGUCUAUCCCAUAUUUCUAUUCUUCUUUAUCAUAUCAUGGCUAGUUUUAUCGCAUAAUUAGCUCAAUUUUUAUGUAUGUAUCUAUAUCUAUAAAUUAGCUUAUAAAGAACUGUUUGCCACUUUCCAUAGCAUUACCAAAACAUUCAAUGUA